CUCCGUGUCGCUGCUCCUGACACCCUCAACCCAGGCUGAGAGAUUGGGAGCAGCAUGUUCCGCCGGCUGAAACUCACUCUGUUGCUGGUGCUGUUUGAUGCUUUCGGGGGCCUGCAUGACUGGAUUGUGGCCUCCCAGGAGCUUGUGACACACGUGGGCGAUUCUGUGCUCCUGGGCUGCUUUAUCCAGAAAUCAGAAGAGAAAACUGUGUCCAAGGUGGACUGGAUGCUGUCCUCGGAACAGCACGGCAAGGAUGAGUACGUGCUAUACUAUUACUCCAACCUCUACGUGCCCGUGGGCCGCUUCCAGCAUCGAGCACAGCUGGUGGGGAGUGUCUCAGAUGGGGAUGGCUCGCUCCUACUCCAGAAUGUGCAAGAGGACGACCAGGGGAACUUCACCUGUGAGAUCCGCGUGACCAGGGAGAGCCAGGUGUGGAAGAAGACUGUGCAGCUGUGGGUCCUACCUGCCGAGCCCAGAGAGCUCACGGUGCAGGUGGGGGGCUCGACCCAGAUGGGGUGCGCCUUCCAGAGUACAGAGAAGAGCUCGGUAGCUAAGGUGAAGUGGAGUUUCUCAUCGGAAGAGCAGGCCCAGGAGGAGGUGGUGCUCCCCAGCACCCCUGGGAGACAGCCCCAGAACUGGGGUCGCUUCCAGAACCGCGUGAGCCUGGCGGGGACCACGUCCCACCCUGAGGGCACCAUCACACUGCACGGGGUGAGGGAGUCUGAUGGAGGAAGCUACACGUGCAGUGUGCACCUGGGUGGCCAGGUGCUGAAGAAGACCAGCGUACUGCGCGUGGCCAAGCCGGGACCCAGGACACUGGUGACCCUCGUCACGCAGAGGCCCGAGGCCCUGGGCGGAAACCACCUGGUGAUGCUGGUGGGGAUCAUCUGCGCCACCGUCCUCCUGCUCCCUGUGCUCCUCCUGCUUGUGGCGAAACGAUGCCAAUACCGGGACCACAGUAUAGCAGCUUCUACUAAAAGCCUGGAGAACACGAAGAAAGCUCUCGCAGAGAAGCAUGUGUAUGCGGCCAUUGUCACCCCGCAGGUGGUCAGGGAGGAAGAAACCAGCGGGAAAUCGGAGUACAUGACCAUGCGCCCAGUCUGGCCUUCUCACAGCCUUGCUGAGGGCCUUCCCAGAGACAAGUUGGUGCACUGAGGAGACACGGGCGACGUUGGCCUGGACAGAGCUGCCGCACCUCUUACCCUGUCCUGCCAUGGCUGGCGCCACAGUGCUCUGCUCUGUGGAGGGCCCCGAAGCCAGGAGAAGCUCAAGGUCUGGAAGAACAGACCCCGCAGCGGGCCACUCAGGAAGGGAUUGCUGGCUUGAAGCAGG